CGAGGAUUGGUGACAGUCUUUCCAUCUCACAUCCACCGAUAGUUGAUCUCCCUGACUGAAAACAUUCUCGAAAAUAUCUUCUGCAUCGUACUUGAAAUGCGUUUCGACUCGAGCUUACUGAUCCAGGCCUUCACGGUCUUCUUCAUGAUCCAGCCUGAAUUCGCGUAUGGUGAAGGGGUCCCAUUGGGCUCAUGUCCGGGACAAUAUACCUGCAUGGCUAGAGGCGGGAAUACGUAUUACGCCUCGGACCCGAAAAUCGUCAACAACCAACUCGUCACAUGUCCAUCAUUCACUCAACUGAAAUGUUGUAUCAAAAAGCCAAGUGGCACUUUCCCUUCCGAAGCUCUAUUCAUGUUGGCUUGCCGGUCGAAGCCGUAGUAUAGAAGGCAACAACAAAACCGACGCUUUAAUCGGCCUCAGUAGUUUGCCAGCGCCUUCUUCCCCCAUAUGUUAUCUUGUUCCCACUCAAAUCAGUUAUGACACUUGGAACAAUCCCC